AUACUCAGCUGGUCUGCUCACACCACUCAGGUUCAAACUACAAAAACUUUUUUUCAUCAUCAGGAAAGGAAUUUAUAUUCAACCACAAGUCAAGAUGGGCACUGGGGAUUAUAUCUGUGUGACAAUGACUGGUGGAGCACCCUGGGGUUUCAGACUGCAAGGUGGCAAGGGGUACCAGGAGCCUCUGCAUGUUUGUAAGGUCCGCAGUAUGAGUAAGGCUUCUAAUGCAGGAUUAUAUGUGGGGGACGAGGUGAUUUCUAUUAAUGGGACAAACUGCACCGACAUACCUUAUUCAGAAGUUGUGGGUCUCAUCGAAAAAUCACAGGAGAGCCUUCAGAUGCUGGUGAAAAGGACAUCUAGCAAGACUCUGGCAGAGGAAAAUAAAAAUGGGGAUGAAAAUAUUAACAAGGAAGAAUGCAUAGAAAGUACCACACUACAGAUCCGUACAGGCCCGGAACCUGUAUCUAGAGAACAUGAAAUCUCUGAAACAAACUGUCAGUCAUUUUACUCAAGGAUGGAGGGGGGUAUUGGUGAGAUAAAAGCAGAGAAAGAUAAAGAGGUCAUUUUGUGCCACAAGAUAACUCCCAAAAUGAUUGAGACUCCAAAGGGCGACACAACGGUUCAGGUCCCUGCGACAAGGAAAACAGAAGGACGUCAAGGUGCUAUGGUAGAAUUACAGCUGUCCCUCUCACAAGACAGGAAUUUACAUUCAGGAGGUGUUCCUAUUGUGACUCUGUUAGGUGCUGAGACAUCCUCUGAAGCAGAGCACAGUGUGCAAAGAAGUGAUGCGGAUGCUUCAACAUGUAUUACUAAGAAAGAGACACCUAUACAGAAGGCAUCUACCACAUUCCAGAUAACAGGCAAGCAGCAAGCAAAAAUCAUCCCAGUCAGAGACGCACAAGAAACAACUUUCCCCAGGGUUGAACUGAUCUUAGACUGCUCUGGCAGAGAAAAUGAGUCCAGAUCUUUGCCUGCUGAGGGGUGUGUUAGGUCUGUAGAGGAAGGUGGGCACUCAGUGGAACCUCCUUCUACUGUCUCCUUUGGAAUCACAGUAGAAGACUCAGAGCAAAGCGAGGAGGAUCAGCAGGAUCACACCAGACCUAACAAACACAGAGCCAGGCACGCCAGGCUCAGACGCAGUGAGAGUCUCUCUGAAAAGCAAGUUAAAGAAGCCAAGUCUAAAUGUAAAAGUAUUGCUCUUCUCCUGACUGCUGCUCCAAACCCCAAUUCCAAGGGGGUGUUGAUGUUUAAAAAGCGCCGACAAAGGGCCAGGAAAUUUACGUUGACAAGCUACGGCACAGGGGAACUUGAACAAUACAGAGGCGAAGAAGACGAUAACGAAGAAGAAGAAGAUAAUAAAGAGAAUACUUUCGAGGUGACUUUUUAUGGGGCUAGUGAAUCCGAUCUAGAUGAAGAUUUCUCAUCAGAUCCUGAAAACAGUGCACAUAUUGUAACUUUUGAUUGGGACACUGGACUAGUUGAGGUUGGAAAAAAACUAAACACUACUGAAGCGAUGGAGGAACUUCCAGCGACCAAAGGUAAAGGGGUUCUCAUGUUUGCAAAGAGGAAGCAGAGGAUGGAUGAAAUAUCAGCAGAGCAAGAAGAGAUAAGGAAACAGAGUAUAGAAGAGAAAGCAUCAUUCACAGAGAAUGUAAAUAACAUGAUUUCGUAUCAGGCGCAGCAGGAACAGCAAACCAUUAAGACCCAGAGUUGUGUAAGCAAGAGUUAUAUAGAAGUCAGCAACAGUCAGCAUAGGGUACAAAAUGGUAUCGCUGGAGCAAACGAAUCAAAUAGUUCAUUUCAGUCUUCUUUAAACAGAACAGCAAGACCUUUUGGUGGAGCUCUAAAUCAAACAUCUGUGCCAUUUUCACCUACCAGAAAUAUAGCAAGUCCUAUGUCAGAUGUACCUGCACCGCCUCCUUAUUCUUCAGUCACUCCACCUCCUGAACCCAGAUUUCAAGUGUCUUCACCAGUGCCUGGAAAAGCCCAGGCUGCAGUUUGGGCUCCAUCCUACCCUACAGAACACAUUGCUUCUAGAGAUGAACGAAUUGCAGUUCCAGCAAGCAGAACAGGGAUCUUAAUGGAAGGCAAACGUAGGAGCGCAAAACCUAUGUUCACCUUUAAAGAGCAGCCGAAAGUAAGCCCAAAUCCAGAGCUACUGACACUUGUUCAGAAUAGAGAAGGUAAACGGGGUACUGGUAAUGAGUCUGGACCAGAAGAAGACUAUCUCAGUCUAGGAGCAGAGGCAUGUAAUUUUAUGCAAGCUCAAAUUGGAAAGCAAAAAACACCUCCACCUGUUGCCCCCAAACCAGCAGUGAAGUCACCAACUACAGUAAUGCCAACAUCACCAGUAUGGAGUCCGCCAGCUGCUGCUCCAGCGCCUCAACCAUUUGUAGUCCAUAAUUCAUUUCAAGGCCAUAGUCCUGCAGAAGCCAUUGUGGCACCCUCAAAUUUCCAUUACAAUCCACCAAACACUCUUAAUUUAUCUAGUCCCCCCAGAGGUCCACCUAAGGUGUCUACAGAUGUAAACCCAACACCUAAAUCUAAAACACCACCUACUACUCCAUCAGGGUCCGCAGGUCCAGCUUACGAGAUGCCUGCUCUAAAAGGAAAAGGAGCAGAACUGUUUGCCAGGAGACAGUCACGAAUGGAAAAGUUUGUAGUAGAUUCAACCACUGUGCAAGAAAAGGUAGCUCGAGCAAUCUCUCCAACUCCAUCAUUACCAUGUUCUUGGAAAUAUUCAUCCAAUGUCCGAGCUCCACCUCCAUUGGCUUACAAUCCAAUCCAAUCACCACUUUAUCCCCCAGCAGCAAACAAGCCCGGAUCCAAGCCUGCAUCCUCAGCUGCUAAGAAAAAGCCAACAAAAACUCUGAGCCCCCUUGAAGUAAUGAAACACCAGCCAUAUCAGCUCAAAUCUUCUUUAUUUACAUUUCAACCACCUUCUGCGAGCACAUCAGAUAUCGAGGCACCUAAGAAAACCACCAAGUCAUAUGUUCCCCCUCCUGCAAAGCAAGCUCAAUCUACAAAGCCUGUCAAUGCUCCGUACAUCAAUGCCCAGCCAACACCUGAAUAUUCUCAGCAAGUCUACAACACACAGCCUUCCUUCCAGUCAAGUGUCUUCACUCCUACCAGCGACUGCUACCCCUCAGCGGGCUAUGCCAUGCAGCCUAGACAAGAAUCACCAGUAGCAACACUGAUCGCUCCACCAAGGCCGAAAUUUUCUGCAAAGAAAGCUGGUGUUGCAGCCCAGGUGUGGAAACCAGAAGAAAAAGAUGGAAGAUCCAUGUCCUUUCCUGCCAGAAGUUUUUCAUCCGCCAGUUCCCAACCAUUUGGUUCUCCACUGUCUCCGACACUUUUUGAGCCUGCACCUGGUUACAUUGGCAAAUCAGCAUCAACACCUGAAACACCUGGCAAGAGGUUAACUCCAUGGGAAGCAGCAGCUAAAUCUCCAUUGGGGUUUGUGGAUGAUGCAUUCUUGCAUGAAUCAAUAUCUGCCAAUGUAGUGUCUGCUGCACGUCGAAAGACUCUACCAGAACCUCCAGCAGCCUGGAAGUCCUCCUCCACUCUGCCCUCUACUAAUAGUGCAAAUGUCUAUAGGAGUAGACCUAGUAUUUCCACCUUACCAAAGAAUGUAGUGUCAGCACCUUCUCUGCAAUGUGGUUAUCAGCUCAGGUAUUCCUGUCCCAGCUCCCAUUCUAUGACAAAUGCAGGUUCUCUACCAUUGGAAACCAGGUCAGAAUAUUGCAUGUCUACAGGGCGUAAUCCAAACUUUAAUCCUUAUCCUAGGGCAUGGAGAAGCUGAGUAUCAUGUAUAUUUAUUCAGUUAUGCCAAUCGCUCACAAUUUGGUAGUCCAAUGUUUUGGACUCAAGUGGGCAAUAGUCAAUUGGUGAGAACCAGGAGUACACAUGAAACUAUCACUCAGUCUUCUUGGCAUCACGUCAUAUUUUGUAAAAACGCUUUGUAAGGCUUUUAUACAGUGUUCAUACAUUCAGCAUCUACUGCCAGAUCACCAUAAAGGAUUCCCAAACCACCAUAAAAACUGGUGCACCUAAUAAACAAAGGCAAAACACACCAGCCUAUAUGCACUUAACAGUCCUGUGUUAGUUCUCAGACAGCUUGCUCCACCAUACAAACAUUUUUUAAAGCUAUUCCUGCAAGCCUUGGGAGCAUAACUGCAAUAAGCGUUACCUAAAAUAUUAUUCUCCAUAUCUGGUGUAAUCUUUGUAAUCAUAUGCCCCAGAAUAGCAUUAAGUAGUAUACAACAUGGAGGACAUUUACUACCUGCGUCGUUUUCAUACACAGCACUUAUAAGA